AUGCAGAUUGCAACAAAUAGCGCUGUGUCGCAGGCGCUGAUUACUGAUUUAUCUAUCCAGACUGCUCGAGCUGCCUAUCUCUAUCAUAACUGUGAUCUCGUUGGCGCCUACAGCAUCACCAAAAAGAUUAUGGAGGAAUCUGGCCUUUUUCAGGAUUGUUUGGCGAUUCACGUGGUGGUGCUUGCGCAGCUGCACAAAUCUGAUGAUCUUUUCAUUCUUGGCCAUCACUUGGUGGACACUCAGCCGGACAAUGAGAUAAGUUGGUACACGCCAAAACAGUUUUUUUUUGACUAUUUAGAUAAAUGUACGACAAUGAAUGGUUCUUUUGGUGAAGGUUGGCUAGCUUUUGGACAUGCGCUUUCGGCGGAAUCGGAGCAUGAGCAAGCAAUGAAUUGCUUUCUCAGGGCAUCUCGUGUUCUGGAAGGAUGUUUUGAACCGAUGAUGUACAUAGGGCUGGAAUACGCAUAUGCAAACAACACAAAAUUGGCGCAGGAUUUCCUGAAGGACGCGGCUGAAAUAGCUGGCGAAAAUGCGCUUGUGCUGCAUGAAGAGGGAUGCAUCUGUUUCAUGAAAAAAGAAUGGAAAAAUGCAGAAACAUUUUUCACGAAAGCACUUCUCUCAGUUUUUGGAGUGACAGAUGAAAGUGUCAGUGUUUGCGAUUUGCUCAGUCGACCGAUCAGUGAUUUUUGGGAGCCGCUGGUCAACAAUCUUGGACAUGUGAAGCGCAAGCUGGGCCUCUUUGAGGAGGCCAAAAAAUUCCACCAAAAAUCAUUAACGAUGUGUCCGACCAAGUCAAACGGGAUUUCUGGACUAGCAUUGGCAACGGCAUGUUCUGGCGAUAUUGAUCGAGCCAUCUGGUAUUUUCAUAAAGCUCUUGGAUUCAGCCCCCAUAAUUCGGUAAUUUCGUAUUCAGUGUUAAAGCAGGGUCUUCAGAAGCUGUUGGAUCUUAUAGAGACGUACGCUUGUUAUGUGACAAGAAAAAUCGAACUUCCAGCACCCUUCACAAUGGCAUUAUCGAAUUUCGACAUCACAGCUGCUGAUCUCGAAAUGAACGAUGAAGAAAAACAGGCGCACGAGAAAGCAAUGGAAGUAUUAAGACAGAAGCGACAGAAGCGUACACGCAAGGACAGCAAGGGAAAAAAAACAACAACAGGGUCGUCGCAGAGCAUGCAGGGUGCAUCGGGAUCACGACAGACCGCGCAGGGCACACCCGGACCACAACAGGCUGCACAGGAAGCUGCCGUCCAGGAUGUCGAAAUGGCCCUGGACUAG